UUAUGUGCCGAACAAAAUAUGCAAGUGGUUCAACCCACUACACCAGCACAAAUUUAUCACGUCUUGCGCCGUCAAAUGAUCCGUCAAUUCCGCAAGCCGUUGGUCAUCAUGACACCUAAGUCAUUAUUACGUCACAAAAUGGCGGUUUCCCCGCUUGAAGAUCUCGCCAAGGGACGUUUCAAAACGGUGAUUGGUGAAACAACUGAAAUCGCCGAUGACAAGGUUAAACGUGUUGUGGCGUGUUCAGGACGAGUUUAUUAUGAUUUGCUCGCCAAACGCGACGAGAUGAAAGCCAAUAUUGCUAUCAUGCUUGAAAUUGCCACGGGUAAACAAGUGGCCAUUUCACCAAAAUUGGAGAACAACAUGUCGAUUGUAGAAGUUAAAGUCCCACAGUUAUCUGAAUCGGUCGCUGAAGCUACCCUUUUAGAGUGGAAAAAGCAAAUUGGUCAAGCGGUUAAGCAAGAUGAAACACUGAUUGAAGUUGAAACGGACAAAGUCAUUCUAGAAGUGCCCAGCCCAGGUUCGGGUGUGUUGGUUGAGAUUAUUGCGCCCAACGGGGCAACCGUUACCGCAGAACAAGUGAUUGCCAAAAUUGAUACCGCAGCCAACGCAUCAGCUGGUGCGGCAUCUGCCACAGCCGCAACUGCGCCAGCCACAGCAACAGCAACUAUCCCUGCUCCUUCUACAGCAACUGCCGCACCAGCGGCAAACACAGCCAGCACAACCACCGUCAUGCCAGCUGCUGCCAAACUCAUUGCCGAAAACAAUGUCAGUGUCGCUAGUGGUACAGGAAAAGAUGGUCGCGUAACAAAAGGUGAUGUCCUUGCCGCGUUAUCUAACCCUCCUGCGAAUGUCCCCAAAGUACCCCAAGCACAGUCAGCUAUGCCUGAGAUCAUUGCGGUAACCAACACCGAAAACCUCUCUGGUCGGCCAGAAGAACGCGUGCCUAUGAGUCGCUUACGCGCUCGAAUUGCAGAACGUUUGGUCUUAUCACAACAAACCAAUGCGAUUUUGACGACCUUUAAUGAAGUCAAUAUGCAACCCGUGAUGGACUUACGAAACAAAUUUAAAGAACAAUUUGAAAAAAAUCAUGGAGUUAAACUUGGCUUCAUGUCAUUUUUUGUUAAAGCC